CAGCCAAGUAGUUUGGAGUCGACUGGAAGGAUCAGCCCUGGGCUUAUAAUUAAUUGUAGGGCGGUGAAAGGCUCUCGGGGCUCAAAUUAGUUUGGUGGUUUAAAGUAGAAUUAAGGGCUACACGACUGCCGGGACAGCCAAAAUACAGAAAGUUCCCGAGCUUCUCGAAGAGGGUUGGCUAUCUGUGGACCAAGGAGAGUGAUCGGAGGCUAACGCUGAUGGAAGCAGCCACGUUUGGGCUGGCUCGCCGAGCGGCCGGGCUGUCCGAGAAAUGCCUUGGUCAUCCGCGGCGCUUUUCCCAUCUUAUUUUUAAAAUGGGAAGGAAAAGGAGAGAGUUGAAGCUGUUUAAGUUUUGGCUCCUCUUUAGCCGUAUUCAGAUGGGCGGGGAAAUUUUAAUUUUCAGAAGAAAAUCAAUUAGGUAUAUGGUUUUUAGAUUGUAGAAGGUUCCCAACGCCUUAGAAGGGACCUGCUCGGUCGGGGGAGCGUGGGAAGGGCAGGGCUGGAGCCACAGCGCCCCUGUCCCCGCCCAGAGCCGCUCCCUUUCGCCUCGGGCUGGACUGGGCUUGAGAAAGAAAAUAUUUUCCAUAGAUAUUUAGCUGUCUUUUGGGCUUCUCCGGAUUCCUUAUCUUUCCCAGCCCCAGGUGCGGACGCCCCCCUCCCCUCCUCUGUGCCUUUUAAAUUCCUGGUUCAGCCUCGGAUGAUCAGUGGUGCCUGGAUUAACCUGAGUCCCGAAUUCGGUCUUCUGCCUUGUCAUUUGCGGCUCCUAGGCUGUCCACUACUUUUAAGCCUAGGAAAACCAUGGCUGCGGCUAAGGGAACAGCCAUCGGCAUCGACCUGGGCACCACCUACUCCUGCGUAGGGGUGUUCCAGCACGGCAAGGUGGAGAUCAUCGCCAACGACCAGGGCAACCGCACCACCCCCAGCUAUGUGGCCUUCACCGAUACUGAGCGGCUCAUCGGCGAUGCAGCCAAGAACCAGGUAGCCAUGAAUCCCCAGAACACUGUCUUUGAUGCCAAACGUCUGAUAGGCAGAAAAUUUAAUGAUCCUGUCGUGCAAUCAGAUAUGAAACUUUGGCCUUUCCAAGUGAUCAAUGAAGGAGGCAAGCCCAAGGUAAUGGUGUCCUACAAAGGGGAAAAGAAAGCUUUUUAUCCUGAGGAAAUCUCUUCUAUGGUACUAACUAAGAUGAAGGAGACUGCUGAGGCUUUUUUGGGCUACACUGUCACCAAUGCUGUGAUCACUGUGCCAGCCUACUUCAAUGACUCUCAACGCCAGGCCACCAAGGAUGCAGGUGUUAUCGCAGGUCUCAAUGUGCUAAGAAUUAUCAAUGAACCCACUGCUGCUGCCAUUGCCUAUGGCUUAGAUAAAGCAGGUCAGGGAGAGCGACAUGUCUUGAUCUUUGAUCUGGGUGGAGGCACAUUUGAUGUGUCUGUCCUGACCAUAGAUGAUGGGAUUUUUGAGGUUAAGGCCACAGCUGGGGACACCCACUUGGGUGGAGAGGAUUUUGACAACAGGCUUGUGAGCCACUUUGUGGAAGAGUUCAAGAGGAAACAUAAGAAGGACAUCAGCCAGAACAAGCGGGCUGUGAGGCGGUUGCGCACUGCCUGCGAAAGGGCCAAGAGGACCCUGUCAUCUAGCACCCAGGCCAACUUGGAAAUUGACUCACUUUAUGAAGGCAUUGACUUCUACACAUCCAUCACCAGAGCCCGAUUUGAAGAGUUGUGUGCAGACCUGUUUAGGGGCACCCUGGAGCCUGUGGAGAAGGCUCUUCGGGAUGCCAAGAUGGAUAAAGCUAAAAUCCAUGACAUUGUCUUAGUAGGGGGCUCUACUCGAAUCCCUAAGGUUCAGAGGCUGUUGCAGGACUACUUUAAUGGUCGUGAUCUCAACAAGAGCAUCAACCCCGAUGAGGCAGUUGCCUAUGGGGCUGCAGUUCAGGCAGCCAUUUUGAUAGGGGAUAAGUCUGAAAAGGUACAGGACCUGCUUUUGUUGGACGUGUCUCCCCUGUCUUUAGGGUUGGAGACUGCAGGGGGAGUCAUGACUGUACUAAUCAAGCGCAACUCCACCAUCCCCACGAAGCAGACACAGAUUUUCACCACCUACUCAGACAAUCAGCCGGGCGUGCUGAUCCAGGUGUAUGAGGGCGAGAGGGCCAUGACUCGGGACAACAACCUGCUGGGGCGCUUUGAUCUGACUGGAAUCCCUCCUGCACCCAGGGGAGUGCCCCAGAUUGAGGUGACCUUUGACAUCGAUGCCAAUGGUAUUCUCAAUGUAACAGCUAUGGACAAGAGCACGGGCAAGGCCAACAAGAUCACCAUUACCAAUGACAAGGGCCGGCUGAGCAAGGAAGAGAUCGAGCGCAUGGUUCUGGAUGCUGAAAAAUACAAAGCUGAGGAUGAGGUCCAGAGAGAGAAAAUUGCUGCAAAAAAUGCCUUAGAAUCCUAUGCUUUUAAUAUGAAGAGUGCUGUGAGUGAUGAAGGCCUACAGGGCAAGAUUAGUGAGUCUGAUAAAAAGAAAAUACUGAGUAAAUGCAAUGAGGUCCUUUCGUGGCUGGAGGCCAAUCAACUGGCUGAGAAAGAUGAGUUUGAUCAUAAGAGAAAGGAAUUGGAGCAAGUGUGUAACCCAAUCAUCACAAAACUCUAUCAGGGAGGAUGCACUGGGCCUUCCUGUGGAACAGGGUAUACACCUGGAAGGGCUGCAACAGGCCCCACAAUUGAAGAAGUAGAUUAAUCUUACGUGGAGCUGGACGGUUCUAGGGUGCCUCUAAGAUGAAUUUUGUUGCCCUCAUCUUCAAACAUGGUUAUGAUUCCUGAAUUGACUGGACCUGAAUGUAAGUGAUCAUCCCUUUUGGAUUUUGAUGGAGGAGUCUCAUAUAUCAUCUUUUCACACUCCAGUAAUUUUCUGACACAUUCCAACAAAUUUCUGACUCUGGAAUGAGACUCUUAGGAAAACUAGGCACCUCUCGGAACCAUUUGAAGAAUUUGAAUGUCUGUUAUUUAUUUCCAGCCUUCCCAACUUCCUUUUUCCUGUGUGGAUGGUUAUUUGUCCCUCAGUAAAUUUGUUCCUAAAGCAAA